AUGGAGCAGAGAAAAUCCUCAUUGGGUAGUAGAGACAAAUUUCCAAUACCGGAGACUCACAGCAGCGAAAAACAAAUCCAGCUGUCGAAAUUGGAUUUUGCCGCCUCUGGAUCGUAUUCGUGCGUGGUUUCGAUGGAAACGCCAAUAUUUACCAAAGACAGCGAGAGCAAGGAUCUAACAAUCAUAGAACCCCAAACUGACGAUCCAAAAAUAACUUUCAACAAAGAUACCUAUGAAAUAGGUGAAGUUCUUGAAGCAAAUUGCACAACCUCCCCAGCCAAACCACCACCGCAUAUCACAUGGCUUAUUAAUGACCAAAAAGUGAUGGACAAGUUGACAAAGUCCUUUUCCAACGGCCUCGUUCAUGGCCAUGGGUACUUCGAGCAAAAAGCUUCUUCCAUCAAACAGCUUUCCAUUGAAGUUUCCGAUCUACACGUCGGUGAUGACAACGAGCUAAGACUCACCUGUUUAGCAACGAUUCCUGGUUAUGUCAACAACAUUGAAAACUAUGCUGACGUCAGAAGAAAAACUAUAAAAAUUGAAAUAGAGAUGACCGAAGGUCCUGUAGAAGCAAUUUCGAAUAACAAUAACAACAAUAGUUUGUCGUCUAGCUGGACGUUGUCAGCUCAUUUUCUAUCAGUUUUACUAUUGCUGCUAUCGACAUUCUACAAUUAAUAAUUUAACUUCCAAGUUAAGAAAUUGUUUCAAUGUUUAAAAAUAGCGCUACGUGAAACUACAUAAUUUAACACCCAAAAAAAUCGAUGAUAAUUUUUACAUUGACUGGGAUAGUUCUUUUUAUUAGCGCUGCAUUGGCUGAUCUAUUUUCUAAAAAAA